AAACUACGAUCUGUACGAAAUUUUGAAUAUCUAAAAAUGGUCACUCCAAAAUAAGGCUGUCUCAUUUGGAAUUCAGGCGUCGAGAUUAUUGGCUCGAUCCAACCGAUGCUGGAUGGAGUAGAUUUUAUUUGACGUGUGAACUCACUGAAGCGUGCAUUAGUUGUACAGAUCGCCAUUCGGUAGACUAGCGGGGAAGUGUUCAUUAAGAUCCUAUCAUGUUAUACUGUCCCCGAGGGCAAACUGACAACACAAAGUUGCAAAACCUUAGAUGGCAAUCACACGAGACUAUCACGGUAUCACCUCAGUGAACAAGAAAGCAUAGGUUGUGGACUAAUUUGACAGAUGCUAGUUGUUUGAUCCCACUAGGUCAUUGGCCCUCCGAAAGUAAAAAACUCCAUGCUAUGCCGGAGACUUAAGGUAUUGAUUUGGCCCUGCGAAAGUAAAAAACUCGAUGCUAUGCCGGAGACCGUACUCCCACCGUUCCUAAAUACUUGUCGUGGUUUUAGUGCAAAUUUGUAAUAGAACCACGACAAGUAUUUAGAAACGGAAGAAGUACUAAUUUAGUACAAAAUGGACGACACUUUUUAUGAAUCGGAGGGAAAUAGUUGUAGCAGCGUGACACGUAAACUUGUAUAACAAGAAUGCAAGAUGGGCCAUAUUAGGCUGGAGAAAGAGUACGGCAGGUUGGCAACCAAGCCUCCCCUUUUCUCUAUCAGCCACUGUGAGGUACUCAGGUCACGGCCUUUUUCAAAGCUAACAUACUGUCAGGUCACCACCUUUAACGCGGAGGCCGUAACGGUAACGCGAUCUAACCGUACCGUCUUGAGCGUCCGAUGCCACGUUGAGAUGUGUGCAAGAAAUGUUCACAAUUGAUUCUGAGAAAACAUAACUGAAUUAAAAUGUCACUUCAUAGAUGUCAGGACAUGUGUAUAGGGCAGCACGAGUAGACUAGGUGGCCCACGUAAAGUCCUACCCUGACCGAGACUGACAUACUUCACUGCCCGGAGAGAGAGUAGCGAGAAAGAACCUGUUCAUCUUCCCUCCCAAAAAGCACCGACGAUCCUGGUACGGCGCCCAUUUGAGUUUCUGUUUUCUCAAAUCGAAGUACCGCCCCCUCGCAAUGUCAUAGUUCUUACCAGUACCGUUGGUUCAUCCUGCCAGUCGACAAAGUCCCGAACCCACCGGAUGAGAGCUUUCUGUUCACUGACCAAGAUUAAUGGAAGCACCGGGUGAAUCUUCUUCAGAGUGUAGCGCUGCUCUGAAUGUGAACAUAGUCGGUGGACGAACAAAUGGUACAGAUGGAGCAAUUCAUCCCCCACCAUUUAUGGAAGGUUCUUACGAAGAGUGGAGCGAGAUUGGGGCAUUAGUUGAUGACAGUGGUGUUUCCGCAUGUUCACGCAGGUCAGAAGUACUAUUCUACCUAUGUUUUUAUUUGAACCAUACACUAUGAUUGAGUAGUUAACAAUGUGAUUGAGUUCUCAAUAGGAGUACCUAUUUACUUUGUGAAAUCAUACAGUGGGUUUGAGUAUUUAUAUUUUUGGUUCGAAACUUAAUAUUAGUACUGAUGCCUCACUAUUUGAUCUAGUCAGUAGCUAGGGAAUGUAAUAGGUACAUUGUACUUUUAUAGACAUUCUGUAGCCCAGUAUGGAGAAAAUACAUGUACAUGAUGUACCAGAUAGAAAUGUGGACAUGAUGAGUCUCCGAAUAUUCAGCACAUGAUUUAGUGCCAUGUAAUGUUCUCAGCAAUUUGUAGACAACAAAAUACUAUGAACAUGUCAAUAUUUUGAUUGAGUACUUAAUAUUAGGAUUGAGUACUCAAUAUUAAGAUUGAUAACUUUAGGUUGUGAUGGAGUACCUAUUUAGUUUCUGAAAGCAUACAGUCAGAUGUACUUGACACAUUUUUACUUGUUAAUUUGCUCUGUUUGUACUUUUCUCGUUUACAUCCUUCUUCUAUAUUACUGCAGUACUAAUUCAAAAUUUGACCUGGUACCUUAGGAAAAAGUUUGAAAUUGGCCCUUCGGUGCGUCCUACGGUACUUGGCAGAGCUAGCGCUCUUGAGAAUUCACUUAGAGGUUUCGCGCACAGGACGACUGAUAAUAUUUUAUGUUCUGAAAUUGGUCUAUGCUUUGAUUCUUUGCCUGAGGCUUACGAGUACUCCAAUUUGUAUUCUUGGGAAAUUGGUUUUGGCAUUCGUUACGAAAGGAGCCACAACUACAAAUGUAAAUCUGGGCCAAAGAAGGAUGUCAUAUAUAGAACAAUGCAGAACAUUGUCUGUGGUUGUGAGGAAUUUCCAACGAAGAAAAACACAUCCUCUGUUAGAUGUGGCUGCGGAACAUUCAUAAGACUCUUGAGGAGUGAUGACCAUGGUUGGUACAUUAAGGACUGCAAGCUUCAACAUAAUCAUCCGUUAUCUCAAAACAUUGGGGAGAAGUUGUGUUGGCCAUCUCACAAGCAUAUAGAUCGUUACACAAGAGAGUUAGUUCGAAACCUUAGACAGAACAAUGUACCGCUCACAAAGGUUUACAGCAUACUUGGCACAUACUUCGGUUCAACUGAUGACGUACCAUUCAACAAGCGAUCCCUGGAGAACCUUUGUAAGCAGUUGUCGAAAGAAGAAGCUAACGAUGAUGUAUGGAAGACAAUGGAAUUAUUUACAAAAAUGAGAGAUGAGGAUCUUUCGUUUGUGUACACAACUGAUCUAGAUUCGGAUGGCAAAAUUAGAACAUUGAUUUGGGUCAAUGGUAAGAGCAAGUUGGAUUAUAGAUAUUUUGGAGACGCUAUAACCUUUGACACGACGUACAAAACAAAAAUUUGUAUGGGAUGCCAUUUGGACUCUUUGUUGGAGUCAACAACCAUUUCCAGAGUAUCAUAUUUAGUGGAGUGCUGAUGAGUCAAGAAACCAUUCAAAGUUUUGAAUGGAUUUUCUGCGAGUUCACAUCAUUGAUGGGUGGAAAAGCUCCUCGAACUAUACUCACAGAUCAAUGUAGAGCAAUGGAAGUUGCGAUUGCACGAGUCUUCCCAAACACAACUCACAGAUGGUGCAAGUGGCAUGUUCUAAAAAUGGCGAAAGAGAAGCUUGGGUCAGUUUACAGCAAGUACAGUAAUUUUAAAUCAGAGUUUCAUAAACUGAUCAAUUAUAGCAUCACUGUUGUUGAAUUUCAGUCUGCAUGGGAAGAACUUAUUGAGAAAUAUGACCUGAAGGAACACCAUUUUCUGACUCCAAUUUAUGAAUUCCGUCAUCGUUGGGCUGAACCAUAUUUCAGUGGUGUUUUUUGUGCCAAAAUGACCAGCACGCAGCGUAGUGAGAGUACAAAUCACAUGUUGAAAGGAUAUGUACCUCCAGGUGCACCAAUGCAUUUGUUCGUAAAACAGUACAACAAACUUAUUGCUGAUAGAAUUUCAAAGGAAGAUGCUGAGAAUCAAGGAAGUCGAAUGGGUGGUGUUGUUCUCAAAACAGGAUGGCCUAUCGAGAAACAUGCUGCAACAAUUUACACGAGUGCUAUGCUGGAGAUGUUUAGUGAUCACAUAUUCGAUAGCGUUGCGUACAAUGCCAUUGAAGUGGCACCCAAUAAGAAGUAUCUGACAGUACAUUCCGAAGCGUCGAGGAGACAGAAAUGGUCUAAAGUACAUUACAAGAUCACUAUAAGUGACGAUGGAGGGCACUAUCAAUGCGAGUGUGGUCUUACUGAGCAUAUGGGCAUGCUGUGCUGUCAUGCUAUACGGGUUAUGCUGCGGCUUGGGAUCAACAAGGUACCUGACUCCCAUAUUCUUAAGCGAUGGACCAAAGAAGCAAACGAUGUUCUUCCUCAUCAUUUGGCACAUCUACAAAAGGACAGAGGAUCCUUACGUUCACAGUCGUACCGUCACGCAUCACUGCACGUAGCAGCACUGGAACUUGCUACCAUUGGAGAUAAGAAUAUUGAGUGCUAUCAUCAGGUGCUAAAAUAUAUAAGUGAUGGGAAGGAUAAAUUUAAUGAGAUGUACCAACACACAGAUGGACGCAGUUUACAGGAGAUUAUUGCACAAACAGAACUGCCUAGUCUUGCACCCACUGAUUCAGGGCAACUUCAUGUGGGAGUGAUUGCACCAGUACGUAAUCGACCGGAAGGAAGGCCAACGAACACAAGAGACAAACCAUGUUAUGAGCUGAAGAGAAAGAGAACCAAGUUCUGCACGAUUUGCAAGCUGAGUGGCCAUAACCGAGGAGCCUGUAAAUCAAACGUAGAUAAAGUACCAGGGAAGAGAACGGAGCCAAAGUGUGGCAAAUGUGGUGUAGCUGGUCAUCGAAGGAACGUGUGUGGUACAAGUGUUGAUGUGCAGAUGGUGGAGUUUCAAUUAGGACUCUAAUCAGACUAUGCUAUUCUGCAUCAAGUGUUGCAAUAUGGUUCAUGUAUGUUACCUAUGGAAUUGUUGGUUAAUGCAUGUACUAUGCUUGUUAAUGUCAGGGAGAUU